UAAAUGAUAACUUGAUAGAGUCGCUUCUCUCAUCCCUAGUUAAGUGCCGCUCGUUUCCAUCAAAUUUUCGAACAAAUCUAACAAAAUAUCAAACUAAUCUUGCAAUUGCGUAAAAAUGGAUAACAUAUUGAACAAGGAAAACACAGGGGUUUAUUUACCUGCAAACCCCAUCAAAAAUGGAGUCCCUUUGAGUAACACUGUCUUGAAACAAACUGUAAAAAAAAGCGUGCUUGGCAAACUAGACAAUAAUCUGCUCAAAACCCCAAGUAUCACUCCAUUUAAAAGCGAUGCAAUUAAACUAGAAGGAAGCAUCGCGAAACUGUCAAUCCGUAAAGGACUGAAGCAAAAUUUUAUCAAUAGGGAUCGGGAGGAGACCAGUGUAAAGGCAAGGAGCUGCUACUUGGGUGGUUACACGUUGAAGGCUAAAACAUCCAUUACAAACUUGUUCGACUAUACAGAUCUUCCCAACCCACAAUGCUUAAAGAAGUGCAGCCGGCCGAUUCAAGAAGUCUGGUCUGAAAAUCAAGGAGGGUAUGAUGCCUUGUUUGAAAAACUUUCAUAUGACUUUCACAGCUUGGAAAAUGACUUUGGAGGAGAUAACACACCUCCAACAGAACCAAAAAUUGAUUUAUUGCCUUCUUUAACUGUCCCAGAAGACUUUGGUACCCCCAAUUGCGAAUUCCAGUUAAACUUGAUGCUGCCGAUACCGAAUUUUGAGAGUGUUCAAAUUUUAUUUUAGUAUUAAUAAGUUGUGUUUGUUUUAUCGUAACGUAUCGUAUAUUUGUAUUUAUUUGGCUUGUGACUAAUGAAAUAUUGUAUUUUUUAAGAAAAUUAAAUAAAUAUUAAGUCUUCAUCUGCGAAUAUAUGGUAUUGACUGAUGA